UUUUUUUUUGCUGGCGUGGGCGUGGAACGGAACGACUUUUCCGAUCCUCAAGAUGGAAAAGGAAUAUGCGACCGCCAAGCAGCGACUAUUAAAGGAGACAUUGGAAGAUAUGUAAACGAGGGCAAUGAAGUGGCAACAGCAAUUCAGCUCAAAACAGCCAUAGAGUCUGGUCCAGGAUCUUGCGCUAAGGCUAGUUACGUUACAUUCAACCCGUCAAGCACUCGGCACGUCAAAUGGGAUGGUGUAAGCUUACUCAACAACUUCAAGUAUGAGGAGAACGGAAUACGAGCGUGGAGGGCAUUUAAUGUGGGUCCUGGAAAGUUGCUACCGUGGUCUCAGUUUGAAGGAGUUUUGCAGGUCCCGGAAACUCUUGAAGUGGUUGAUCCCCCAUCGCAGAAAUUGAGUACUAAGCCAUCUUUCAAGAAGACAUUGUGAACAUUUCUCAGGUGCUCUUUCCUUAUACACACUAAGCAUCUUCCUGCAUUUUACGCAAAUUCCUUUAGAAAAAACAUAGUCAAACUCCCGUCAAAACUCCGAAAUUACCGAAAGGCGCGUAUUUUUUAAACACAAAAGUCUGAAGUUUUGUCGACCCACAGAAUAAAAUAACAAUCGAAAGUUGACUGCGCGAUAAGAGGUGAGAAGAAGGGGGGAGUAGCAUUGUGAUUGUGACGAACUGAGAGAUACUCAUAAAAAAUAGGAACUCAUUGUAUACAUGUGGGUAGUGCUGUGCACGCGCUGCGGACCUGUUUGUUUACGGACACCGGCACUCACUCACUCACUCACUCACACACCUGGCGACAAAGUGGGUAGGGCACUAUACAGUGCACACACUAAUAUAAGCGCAAUCCAUAAAAAAAUGAGAGACAUGAAAUAAAGGUUGUUAUAAAAAAAUUGGAUUGGACAACUGGAUGAAGAGAUAAGUAACGAAAUGUCCUUCAUCAACCUUACUUAUUUCUCUCCGUCGUUUAAACAAAUGAUUCUUUCAUAUAAUCUCAAGUCAUCAGAAUGAAUAGACUAAAAAUAAUUCAUUGGAGACAGUUUCUGUUUGGUAGAACAUCAAGUAGUUGGUUGCUUACCUGAACCCACAGGGACGAGCUGUUUUGAAAGCUCAAAUAUCUUCAUGGAUUGGAAUAAAUUUAUUCCUUUUUCUAGUGCGGGUGCCUUCCUAACAACUUCCGGGAUGGUGCAAAGAUUACCCGUCCUUCGCCUACCUAAACCUAACUUGGCACGAUGAACCGGACAGAUAGUCAUAUCCGAUAAAUUCGCCGGCUUUUGAAAAUAUCCACAUCUUGCCAAAAUUAAUUCUACCUCCGUUUCAAUUCCGGAAAAUUUCAACGACUUUUUGUGAUUUUUGAUAUCCCUGUUACACCGCGUGAGAGGCGUGACGGAAGUUGAAGAACUUGUGCGUUCGUCUGCGCCGCAAAUCCCACCAACAAUAUUCAAGAACGAGCAAGACAUCGCUGUUCUAUGAAGUUCCCCGACAAUAAACUCUGGUUUUAGAUGCAAUGUUUCACAGAUAAAGAUAAUUCGAUUUAUUUAUUUAAAGAACGAUGCAAUUUUCGUGAGAACAGGUACUUCUGAUUGGCUAUCGCCGGCAUAAAGCUUCUCAUUCUUAAUAAAAUCAAUUCUUAUCGUUUCAGUUUGAAUUGUUAUUAUGAUAUUUUCUUUUAUUUUUACUUCAGCAAGUUAACUGGGGAACCUGGCACAUCGUUGAGUAAGAUAUUUUAAAAUAAGACUUAUUGUAAAUUAACAGAUGUAAAUAUCUGUUUGUUACUGUACUAAUUGUAGCGAAGUCGCUCGUGCGUGACACAGAUUAGGGAGCGAGCCUGUCAGAUUUAAUUUCCGCUCGUGGUAAUUUUGGUGUUUCAUACCAUACCUGUGUAGACAAUAUUUUAAACAUCAAUAUAUAUUUUUAAAAGGUUCAAACCGCUAAGAAAGUAAAACCCUCGUGUUUUAUGUACAAACUUUGGCCGAGGAGUUAAUUUAUUCAAUUAAGUGCUUUGUUAUGUAGAGUUGUAGAUUUCAAAGGCGCUCAAUUGGAAUUUUAUCGAAUUUUGAUCGGCGUUCAUGCAAAAGUGCUACUAGAUCCUAAAGAUUUAAAACCGUAGACCUAAAAAUCAAUGACUGAACUGUCUUUGGUUAUAAUAUCAGAAGAUUUGAAGAACUACCGGUCACCUUUUUUCGUCGCUGAGUUUGGAUUACUUUGCAGCUUCGCGUAAAUGAGAAAAGUGUGUCUUCUUAAUCGGGUCUCAGUUCGCUCACAAAUAAGCAGAGAUAAAAAUAAUUCCCAUGGUUUGACUAAGGAAGAAUCGAUGUAUUCAAUUAUACUUAAGAAAGAUUCACAGCUAUGUAAACGUCUGUGUAGCGAGAAGCUGAAAAGUGUAAAAUUUCGAGUUUCCGCCAGGUGA